AUGGGGAUUUUCCUCAGCAAGACCAAGACACUCGAGCACUCAUCGGAGUCGGCGUCUUCCAGCACAUAUACGUUACACAAACAUGGCAGCCCUCGAACGAGCGAGUUCCGGGUGUUUUUCAAAAAGGAUGGAAUUCCUAUAUCACCGUUCCACGACAUCCCUUUGCACGCGGACAUGGAGAAGCAGAUCUUCAACAUGGUAGUCGAGGUGCCUAGAUGGACGAAUGCAAAGUACGAGAUAUCACGAUCCGACGUGAUUAAUCCCAUCCAUCAAGACGGGGAAAAAACAGGACCUCCUCGCUAUGUCAAGAACAGAUUUCCACACCACGGGUAUAUAUGGAACUACGGGGCCUUGCCUCAGACCUGGGAAGACCCACACUACGUCGAUAAGGACACGAACGCCCGGGGCGACGACGACCCGAUCGAUGCGGUUGAUAUCAGCCAGCACAUUUCGUACACUGGCGAAGUCCAGCAAGUGAAGGUGUUGGGUAUAUUGGGCCUGAUCGACGGCGGUGAGACUGACUGGAAAUUGAUUGUCAUCGACGUGCGAGACCGGCGAGCGGCUGAACUGCAUGAUAUCGACGACGUGGAUCGACUCAUGCCGGGCUAUCUGACAGCAACUCGGGAAUGGUUCCGGCUGUACAAGGUUCCAGACGGCCACGGCCAGAACGAGUUCGCAUUCGGUGGGCAAUAUCGAAACAGAGAAUUUGCACUGCGGAUCAUUCACGAGUGUUCCGAAGCGUGGGAGCGUUUGAUCACGGGCAACACAGAGCCCGGUGACGUCGAUCGUACCAACACAACUCUUGAAAGUUCGCCAUUCAGAGUCGACCCUGGGAAGCUGCACUUCCCUGAAGGGGAGGACUUACCACCAGCACCUUUGCCCAAGCAUGUCGAAGAAUGGUUCUUCCUACCCAGUCGUGACAAUCCCGGGCAGGACUGA